ACUGUCACAAGAACAAAAGGUCAGCAUCUCUGAAUGUUUCCAGUUUGAUCUGAAGGAGCCAUGUAGAGACUAGAGAGAAAAAGAUGCGGCAUCUCCUCUCUCUACGCUCACCCAAAACCGUUCUAACCCUCCCUUCAAAAACCCCACCACUCAUCAUCUCCUUCUUCUUCCACACCUCCCAACCCCAACCCCAACCCCAACUCGACCAUGAAAUCAUUGGGUCUCCCUCCAGAGUCCAAAAGCUCAUCGCUUCCCAAUCCGACCCUCUCCUCGCCAAAGAGAUCUUCGACUUGGCCGCCCGCCACCCCCAUUUCCGUCACUCCUACUCCUCCUACUUCACCCUCAUCCUCAAGCUCGCCCGCUCCCACUACUUCUCUCUCGUCGACCACCUCCUCCUCCGCCUCAAGUCCCAUACCUACUCCCCCUCCCCGGCUCUCUUCACCCACCUCAUCAAAAUCUACGGCGAGGCCCAUUUGCCCCAGAAGGCCCUCAAAACCUUCUACACAAUGUUCCAAUUCGACUGCAAACCCUCUGUCAAGCACCUCAACCGGAUUCUCGACAUUCUGGUCUCUCACCGGAACUUCCUCCGGCCUGCUUUCGACGUUUUCAAGGACGCCCACCGCCACGGGGUGGCGCCGGAUACUAAAUCCUACAACAUUCUGAUGAGGGCCUUCUGUUUGAAUGGGGACCUCAGUGUUGCGUACCACCUGUUCAACAAAAUGUUUGAGAGAGAGGUUGUGCCGGAUGUGGAGUCGUAUCGGAUUUUGAUGCAGGGGCUGUGCAGGAAGGGGCAGGUGAACACUGCUGUGGAUUUUCUGGAGGAUAUGAUCAACAAAGGGUUCGUUCCGGAUUCGUUGAGUUAUACUAGCUUGUUGAAUAGCUUGUGUAGGAAGAAACAGCUGCGUGAGGCGUAUAAGCUUCUUUGUAGGAUGAGGGUGAAGGGGUGUAACCCUGACAUUGUGCAUUACAAUACUGUGAUAUUGGGGUUUUGUAGAGAAGGGAGGGCAGUGGAUGCUUGUAAGGUUCUUGAGGAUAUGGCAUCCAAUGGGUGCUUGCCGAAUUUGGUGUCGUAUAGGACUUUGGUUAGUGGGUUGUCUGAUCAGGGGAUGCUUGAUGAGGCGAAGAACUAUAUGGAGAUGAUGAUAUCAAAGGGGUUUUCUCCACAUUUUUCAGUUAUUCAUGCUUUGGUUAAGGGGUUCUGCAAUGUGGGUAGGGUCGAGGAAGCUUGUGGAGUUAUGGAGGAGAUACUAAGGCAUGGGGAGGUUCCACAUAGGGAGACUUGGUUGACAAUAGUUCCGGGGAUAUGUGAAGAGAUUGAGCUGGUGAGAAUGGAAGAAGUUCUGAAAGAGAUAAUGAAGGUAGAGAUCAAGCCUAGCACCAGAAUAGUGGAGGCAGCUUUUGGAUUGGAGAACUACUUGAUCAAAAAAAUUCAUGCUAGUAAAUCAAGGAGAGGUUGAAUGUUCCUUGGGAUGUUGGAGAGUUGAUUUUGCUUAUCACUUACUGAUAGUACAACUGUGAUUCUACUGGAGCAAAUCUUUUUCUGGAAUCACGGAUUCUGUGUUCUUGCCGUGUUUGUAUGUGGAUAACAAUCAGCCUGAACAGAUAAACCAUGGUGAGCAGUGGCGGACCCAAUUUUGCUCAAGGAAGGAAGGGGUUAAUGCUUAUGUGAAUCAAGAGGCAGAUUUUGGAGACGAAAAACAUGAGUAUACUUGUACUAAGAUAUUAUACACCCACGUUCCACCAAGGCUUUCAGGAGUUGAAGUCUUAACAAAUUGAUUUCAGGAUACAAAUGUUUUUUUGUUGCGAGAAAUAUUACUGGGUUUUAUGUCAUAUUGUCAUAUUAAAGGGCUUGUUUAUGGUAGAGAAUAUAAGGAAGGCUAUAAAGAGUGAUGAGCAUAUGCGUGACAGUCUUACAACGUCUAUGCUGGAUGAUGGUUUCUACGUUCUGCAUAUUUUGCUAAGGGUGGUAACCACUAUUAUCAGCUCAGUGAUUGCUGUCCUGAGUGGCGCCAGAAUUCUCAUCAGUAUUGAGUACCAUGAGGCUUUGCAAUUGAAGAUGAGAAAGCCAAAUCUUCACGCUAAGUGUUGAAUAAUAAUGAUCAUGUGCUCAAACUGAAUCACAAGAUUGAGGACCAAUGUCUAGAGGUAAUUGAAGUGCUUUUUUUAUGUUGCUUUACUUGGAAAAUCUCAGAUAUGUAAUUAUGAAUGACUGCUAUCAGGUUUGAGAAUCCUCAUAAUCUCAGCCAAAAGAACAUAUAUAGAUAAAGAUCCCCAUAACAAUGUAGUUGGAUUCAUUCAAACUUUCAGUUAUUAAAUCAUUUUAAUGUAGUGUAAGAUGUUUGUAUUUGAAUUU